CGCGUGCUUCGCGCGAAUCGUUCGUCCACGACCAGCUGCUGACCGAGCGCGAGCGAGGGGCUCCACUUCAGAUACUUCCAAGCGGUCGAGCGAGGUGGACGCCUCUGUUUGUUGCUGCUCUUGCGACCGAGCUCCGCGCGAGUGCGAUACACGCCGUGUGUCUUUCGACUCCCGUAAAGAUAUAGCUGUUUUAGAAAAAAAUAAAAUAAAAUAAAUAAAUAAAACGAUCCCGAACUGAGACGUUUGUUUGAUCGCGCACCGGUCGAUUCCGUCGUCCGCGCUCUCGUCGACAUCGUCGGUGUCGUCACUGUCGUCGUCGUCGUCGUCGUCGUCCGUCGCCGUGAUUUCCAUGCAUCGCACAAGCACGCGGCCGAGCACGCGCCUGUUCGAGAUGCGUUACCAGGUAUUUAUGUAGUAUCGACUACCGCUGCGUUAAACAUCAGAACAUCGUCGUGCACUUGUCCGCGCAUCCUCGUCGUCGACGGAGAGAGAGAGAGAGAGAGAGAGUGAAAAAGAGAGGAAGGAAACAACACACACACCGUCCUCGUGCGGGCGAGAAUUUUGACAAGAGGCUAGAUAGGAGCAAGAAUCUCGCGGAUCACCGGAGCAGGAAGUUAUCGUAGAAUCGACAACGAGAUGGAGCAGAAACACUUGUACAAGGUUGUUCUAACUGGAGGACCAUGCGGAGGCAAAACAACCGGACAGACCAGGCUGUGCACUUUUUUCGAGAACAUGGGCUGGAAGGUGUAUCGUGUCCCCGAAACAGCGACCGUGCUGCUCAGCGGCGGCGUCAAGUUUUCAGACCUGAAUUCGGAAGAGGCGUUCAAAUUUCAGGAAAAUCUGCUGCGCACAAUGAUCCAAAUCGAGAACACGUUUUUCCAAUUAGGUGAGAGCUGUCCGAGAAAUUGUCUCAUCAUUUGCGACCGCGGCGCAAUGGACGCUUCCGCUUUCAUCUCGAAGGACAAGUGGGAGCUAAUGAUGGCCUCGAACGGAUGGAACAACGUCGAGCUGAGAGACAACAGAUACAACCAAAUCAUCCACAUGGUCUCGGCGGCGAACGGAGCGGAGGAUUUUUAUUCAACUGAGGAUCACGCGUGUCGCUCGGAAGGCGUCGUGGUCGCUCGCGAGCUCGAUUACAAAGCCGCGGCCUCCUGGGUCGGUCAUCCUUACUUCGACGUGAUCGAUAACUCGCAGGAUUUCGAAUCGAAAAUCUGUCGUAUGAUCGAGUGCGUGUGCCAGAAGCUGGGUAUCGACAUCGGCGACCGGUUGCGAUCCAGCAGCCGUAAAGUCAAGUUCCUCGUCAAAGCGCCGCUGCCGCCCGACAGCGAAUUCCCGCCUUUCCAAGACUUCGACGUUGUGCACAACUACCUCCAGAGCAACAAUCCCAAGAUGCAGGCGCGCUUACGUAAACGCGGCCAGAAAGGUCAUUGGUCGUAUAUCCACACAAUUCGCCGACCAAAGAUGUGCGGACAAGUGAUCGAGGUGAAGACUCAAUUAACGCAACGAGACUAUUUGAACAUGCUGGCUCAACGUGACGAUUCGCAUUUCACCAUUUAUAAACGUCGUCGUUGCUUUCUCAUCAACAAUCAAUAUUUUCAGUUAGACAUAUACAGAGAACCGGCGCACCCCAGAUGUCGUGGUUUAAUGUUACUCGAGACCUACACGGCAUUGACGGGCGACGAAUUGAAAAACAUUCUGCCGCAUUUCCUUACGAUCGAGAAAGACGUCACCAACAAUCCAGAUUACAGCAUGUUUAAUCUGAGCUUGGUCGAGGAAUGGAACAGCACCAACAAAUAUUGUCACAAUUUGCACGGCACGAUGCAGUCUACAGAAAAUCAAGUUCUCAACUUUUCGACCUCGAAGAACUCGACGGACACGCAAAGCUACGGCGGAUUGAAUUCCGUCGUGAACGGUCAACAAGAAACGGGCAACAAAAACGUCAAUGGCGCUCAGAAAGAUCUGGUAAACGGUAAGGCUACGUUUGCCGAGCAGUGUAGCAUAAACAGCGAUUAUCGAAACUCGACCGUUCGCAAUGGCGCCUCAUCUACGAGGUUAGACGAUAGUUUACAAAAAUUGAGAAUCGACGAGUCGCGGAAAAACGGAUUCGAGGACAUAGUCUAAUAAUAAGACGAAACAAUUUUAUAUAUAAGAGGCAAUAAGGUACUUUAUGAGCCGCUCGCGCAUAAUUCCGAAACUAUAACGUAAACGAAAUCUAAUAAUUCUCAGAACGCGGAUUGUCUAAAUUAAUAAAUGUAUUGAGUGAAAUUGCAACCAGUUGGACGCAAGAUAGAUCUCUGAAAUAGAAUAAUCUAUUUUUUAAUCGAGCUUGCGUGUCGUACUUAUCGUAAAGUAUUUGUCGUGAAGGACUCUACAAGUAGUCCAGGUGGGAUUUUAGAAAUCGGGCCAAUAUAUCAGGCUAGUAUUGCGUCUUUUGUAAAUUCCCACUUGGACGGUUUUGUCACCGUUAAUAAAUAAAAUUUAAAAAAAUAAAAAAAAAAUGUGAAAAUUUUCGAAGAAUCUAUCAUGAAAAAUACAAAAAUUUGUUUAUAAUUUUGAGGAAUUCAAAUUUUUACUUAAACUUAAAACACUUACUCUACUACCUUCUUAUAAAUUUAGAUAUUUUUUGUCUAUUAGUUUUUAUUAGACAUAUCCAAAACAAAACGAGAAAAUAAAAAGAUUUCUCGUUGCACAUUUGUCUCUUAUUUAUGUAUAUGUAAAAUUACAAAACCGAGAUAAAUACGUGUAGUAUAUUAAAAUGAAGUGACGUUGAUGAUAAAAUUAAAUUUCAGUAAUGUUUUGUUAAACCUUCACGAAACGAGCAAUUUGUCUAUUGACAUACCGAGUAUUUGUAUUUCACUUUAUUUUACUCUAGUACUCUAGUUUGUCUAAUAUAUUGUACCUCAAGUAUUGUCUCAAGAAUUUGAAAGAGAAUAAAAGGAAAAACUGAUGAUGAUGAGAGAGAGAGAAAGAAAGAGAGAGAGAGAAUGAUUGUGAUAGAAAAAUACGCGUUGAAAAAAGUCGAUAUAGAACGUGCAAAAAAUCCUAGUAGAAGAUAAAUAUAUUGACGCAUGCUUGGGACAGCAACAUUGUUGGGAACGCGCGCGUUGUAGCGAAAUCUAUUGAGAAUAUAAGAACUUCACAAAGCGUGUGUUUUAAAAAUAUCUCCUCAAUGUAUUUAAUGUCAAAAAGAUUGCGAAAGAUUAUGUUCCGAUACCUUUGUAUAUUAGUCGUAUAGUAACGUAAAAAUGCGAGAACUUGCAGGUUUUACAAUGAGUUAUCAAACAGCAUUUAUUUCGAUUCUAACUUAUAAAAACGUGUUUUCUAUCAUUUUUAUAAACCACAUUUCAACGCAAUGCAAACACAAACUCGAAAUUCUUUCUAUAAAAAAUUGUGGGGUAAAAAUAAAAUCUCUAAUUAGUUUAUAAAUUGUAUUUUACUUUUUUUUUUAUGUAUGCGAUUUUAUUAGAUUCUUGAUAUUCUUGAUAUGUACAAGAUCUGACGGAUCUCAUUGUAGCCUGUGAUUGUUUUUAACUUUAGAUAAUUUAGAAACGUCUGAUAACUCAUUUUAAAAAGCGUUUGGAGAUGAUCAAAGUAGAUGCAAUUUCUUUUGUCACGGCAAAACUCCUAAGCAAACUACUGUCGCGGUACUUAAGAUAUAAGGUGCUUGCCUAUAAAAGCAAUUUAAAAUAAUUAUACAUUAUAGGCGCGAUCAUCUCUUGUCCGAUCUAUCAUUUUUUUAUAUGUAACAAUAAUAUAUCGAUGUAAGCUCUAAGAAGAGAUCUCACGAGAUUGGGAUAAGAAAAACACGCGCUGGUAAAAAUAAUAAAAAAGAAAAAGAAAGUGAGAGAGAAAGAAAGAGAGACAGAGAGAGAGAGUAAAAUAUGAUUGCGAGAUGCUCCUCUUGUAAUUCCUCUUGUAAUUCUAAAUCUAAGAGAUGACGCUUGUGCACGUCUCGCUAUCGCAUUUUCUUACACGUCAAACUAAUCACUCACAAAUUUUGCCACUGUUUAGAGAGAGAGAGAGAAAGAGAGACGAAGUGCCUGUUAAACGUUUGCGAAAAUUAAAGAGAGAAGAAAAGAGUAUAUAUAUAUAUAUAAAAUUAUAUAUAUAUGUAUAAACACAAAAAGUCUAUAUUUUCAAUCGAGAAUGCAAUAGUGAAUUAUAUCAAAGCGCACUCAGUUUACGUAGAUAAUGGAUCUGAAGGACAAAAAAAUAUGUUGUACCCAUAAGCGUCUAAAUAAAACAAAUGUCAUGUGCC